AUGUUAGUCACCGCAGAGCAGGCGUCCUCUUUGGACGGCCUGGACAGAGAUAAGGUGAAUUCCGGCAGACUGGACCGACAGAAGAACAAUUCGGUGUUGGUGUCGGACCGAGCGAGCAGGGAGGAGAAGCGGAGCCAACAGCACUCGGCCAUCUUGAAAGGUGGAUAUCGGUUUCAACUUCGCUUGGGUCUUAUCAAAACCCCCAGCGGAACUCGAACCAUGGCAGUGCAGCGUAUAAUCUCGACAUGUUAA